UGACGUGAUUAUUAAGAACGUCACGUAGUUAGUGUAUCCCUCCGCUGCCGUCGAGGCGUAUAGGGAAAACAGCUGCGGCAUGCUACAGCUAGCUAAUUUAUUAACCUGUGUUGAGCGUGUGUGUGUGUGUCAGCGAUUUCUCGGCGUGACAAAAACAACGACUUGUCCUCUUGUCAUCGCUUCUAAACAUGAAGUUCCAAUACAAAGAAGAGCAUCCUUUUGAGAAAAGGCGGUCCGAAGGAGAGAAAAUAAGAAAGAAGUACCCGGAUAGGGUUCCUGUUAUUGUGGAGAAAGCCCCCAAAGCCAGAAUAGGGGACCUGGACAAGAAAAAAUAUCUUGUCCCCUCCGAUCUGACAGUGGGACAGUUUUAUUUCCUCAUCCGGAAACGAAUCCACUUGCGAGCUGAGGACGCACUCUUCUUCUUCGUAAACAACGUCAUUCCACCCACCUCAGCCACCAUGGGGCUCUUAUACCAGGAGCAUCACGAAGAGGACUUCUUCCUCUACAUCGCCUACAGUGACGAAAGUGUGUACGGCAGCAAUAGCCAAAGGGAAAUGUGAUCCUGUUCAAGCUCCUAAGCCCCGCCCCAAACAACCCACUCAAACUUACAUUCAUUUAAAUAUUUAACCUUAGCUCAGCAGCAUUAGAGUUCACUUCGCCUUCCACCUUUCUCUGCUAUAAUUUGAUGGCCAGAUUUUAAGGGUAAUAAUUCGAAAUACAAUACUAUCAUUCAAAAGUUUAAAUAAUCCAGAGUUUAUAUAUAUAGAAUACGUGCACUAUAUUGAUUUGAAUCCAUUAAAAAAAAACUGCAUUAAUUGCCGUAUUAAAACAAUGAUAUAGUGGUGGAGCUUUUCUAUAGUUUUGUCAGUGGUUGUUUAUUUUUAAUUUACAAUGUUGUAAAGCGGAGUGCAAAUUUUUUUUUUUUUGUUCAAAGUACAGCCUUUUUUUCUGUUUUUUGCUGUUUUCCUUUUAUUUAGUUUUUAUUUUUUUUAAAUAAUAUUCUGUAUAGAGCUGCAUUAUUGGCGCUUUCUCCACUCAUGAGCUUACACGAUAAAUGAAAUGUGAUGAAAAGUU